UUCCGUUCCUCGCGGCAGCGCUGCGGCGUGACGUCACGCGCUUAACGUAACCCCUUUCAUCAGGGCUGCAGCGACAACAACAAGGAAGUGAUUGAGCGAAGAGGGCCGCCGCCGCCGCCAAAGCUAGCGAGUCUCCUGAACCUUUCGUAGUCGGGUGAACCGUCCUUCUUGUUCGUUCGUUUUCAACGCCGCCAUCAUGAACAGCAAAGGUCAAUACCCUACACAGCCUUCCUAUCCAGUUCAACCUCCUGGUAAUCCAUCUGUGUUCCCGCAGACCAUACAACUUCCUCAGGCUCCACCUUAUUCUGAUGCCCCUCCUGCCUACUCAGAACUGUACCGCCCAAGUUUUGUACAUCCUGGAGCUGCCACUGUACCUACCAUGUCUGCAGCUUACCCUGGUGCUUCAUUGUACCUUCCUGUGGCUCAGUCUGUAGCUAUGGGGCCAAUGGGUUCUUCAGUUCCAGUGGCUUUUUAUCCUGUUGGCCCUGUCUAUCCUCCUGGAUCUACUGUACUUGUGGACAGUGGCUUUGAUGCUGGGGCAAGGUUUGCAACUGGUGCUCCUGCUAAUAUCCCUCCUCCUCCUCCUGGCUGUCCUCCCAAUGCAGCCCAGCUGGCUGUCAUGCAGGGUGCCAACGUGCUAGUGACGCAACGGAAGGGCAACUUCUUCAUGGGGGGCUCUGAUGGUGGCUACACCAUCUGGUGAAGGAAGGGGGGCUACAUUGGUGUAAAGGAACGACAUCACAUACUGUCAGCACUUCUCACAAUGUAACCGCUUUAGUCGUAUUAACCUGGAGUUGCAAUUUAGACACAUGACGAUGCGGGGUGUCUUCCUGGUGCCCUGACCCUUCAGGCACUUUUUCUUUAAAAAAAAAAAAAAAAAAAAGCAAAUUUUAAAAUACAAAACCAUGCAAUGGUAGGAGUGCCUCUCUUAAACCUUGGGGGUUAAAUUGUGAAAUGAAUGUGAGCUAAGCUGUCCCUCAAAUUUCCCUUUAGUUCCACCAGAGAGUGCUUUUCAUUGCGGCUCUCUCUUUCUCUGUGUCUGGCUUUUAUUGAUCAACUACAUAUAUAAAAAUGGGGCUGGGGGGUAGGGAUGAGAAAUGGCCAGGGGAGGGAGGAAUGGGAGUUGGAAGAAAACUGGCUUCCAUAUAUCAAACGUACAAAGCUUGCAGAUCAGAUAUACCUGUUGCCAGUGAAUAGGAGUAAGAUACACCUGUCCUUUUCCUUAGAAUCAAUGGUGCUGGGGAGAAAGAUAGUCAGACAUAAUGUUUUGGGGGGCAUCUGUGGUGGAUGCCUGUUAGAAGAGUGUGAUGGGGGGGCUCAGUUCUCCAUUUCAGAACCCCUCGGUUGGUUCCUUCUACUCACCUUUGCUCUCUGUUCCUUUGCUAGGAAAGUAUGCAGCUAGAGCGAUGUCCCAGGAUGUCCUUUUUUAUAUAUUCUUAAGUGAUCUUGGACUCCUUUGCACAUUAAAAAUCUAACUGAAGCCAUGUUUUGGUGCCAGAAAUACAACAUUUCAUUAAAUGCUUCCUGUAUGUUUCAACAAACAAACAAAAGAGCUUAAAAUGAAACCAUUUUUUUAAAAAGGGGGGGAAGCAACCCAGUGUCGUAAUAACAAAACUCUUAAGUGGAAUGUUAUUCAGGCUAGAGAGACAAAAAUGUCUGGUAGAUGUCAAUCAGUGUGCAAGUUUGCUGGAUUGAUGGGUUUUUUUUGUUUUUGUUUUUUAGAUGCAAACAUUUAAAAAGUGACUUGGGUACAAUGAAGUCUUAUUAGGAUUAAGAAGAAUAUUUCAGGGAUCCUCAAUCUUUUGUUGUUGUUGUUGCUUUUGUUUUUAUGAAUUAAAAAUUAUCAGAUUUGGUGAAUAUAUUUUAUCUUAAUUUUCUGUGUGUUGUAUGUGUCAUGGUCAUCCAUACAGCUGACUGUUAAUGGAAGGUUGGGAUUCUAGGUCUCUCUGUAAACACUGUGGUGCACUUAACUUGUGGACUUUUUAUACUAAAAACAAGUAGAAUAAAGGCUAUUUUGAAAAUUUGAAUAAAGUGACAAAGUUGAA